AAAAGCCCGUGGCAGUGGUCGCCCUGAACACAACGACCACUGUCUGCGCGAGCUCAGGUCCUGACCACUCACGGCCCGCGCGCACAGGCUGUGCCAUGCACGCAGCGGAGCGCGCGCUGCUGCUGGGCGCGGGGAACUUCUCUGACGCGCUCACUCCUGACCUGACCAUGGACAACAGCAGCGGCAGCACCAACGGCUCGGACCCGUUCGCGCGCAACGAAGAGGUGGCCAAGAUCGAGAUCCUGGUGCUGAGCGUCACGUUCGUGGUGGCUGUGGCCGGGAACGUGAGUGUGCUGCUGGCCAUGCGCCACACCAAGAAGAAGAUGUCCCGCAUGCACCUGUUCAUCCGACACCUGAGCCUCGCGGACCUCGUGGUGGCCUUCUUCCAGGUGCUGCCGCAGCUGUGCUGGGAGGUCACGUUCCGUUUCUCGGGUCCGGACGCGCUGUGCCGCAUCGUCAAGCACCUGCAGGUCAUGGGCAUGUUCGCCUCCACGUAUAUGAUGGUCAUGAUGACCGUGGACCGGUACAUCGCCAUCUGCCACCCGCUCAAGACGCUGCAGCAGCCCACGCAGCGCGCGUACAUCAUGAUUGUAUCCACGUGGGUUUGCAGUCUCGUGCUCAGCACGCCACAGUACUUUAUUUUCUCUUUGAGUGAGAUCCAGAACGGCUCGGAGGUGUACGACUGCUGGGCGCACUUCAUCCAGCCGUGGGGAGCCAAAGCGUACAUCACAUGGAUCACCGUGGGCAUCUUCCUCGUGCCCGUGGCCAUCCUCAUGAUCUGCUACGGCUUCAUCUGCCACAGCAUCUGGAACAACAUCAAGUACAAGAAGCGCAAGAGUGCAUCUGGAGCCGCGGGGAAGAAUGGGCUCAUAGGCAAACACUCCGUGAGCAGCGUCACCACGAUCUCCAGAGCCAAGCUGCGCACGGUCAAAAUGACUUUUGUGAUCGUCCUGGCCUAUAUCAUCUGCUGGGCGCCUUUCUUCACCGUACAGAUGUGGUCCGUGUGGGACAAGAACUUCCAGUGGGACGAUUCGGAGAACACGGCUGUGACCCUGUCCGCGCUGCUGGCCAGCCUCAACAGCUGCUGCAACCCCUGGAUCUACAUGAUCUUCAGCGGGCACCUCCUCCACGACUUUUUGCACUGUUUUUCCUGUUGCCAUAGAUUCCGCUCAGACCUUAAGAAAGAGGAUUCGGACAGCAGCCUCCGAAGGACCACUCUCCUCACCAAAAUGACCAACCGCAGCCCCACGGCCAGCUCUGCCAACUGGCGCGAGUUGGAUAAUUCUCCCAAAAUGUCCAUUCAAGCAGACUAACGGAGCUCGACAGUCCCUCCCAUUUCACAGCCUGCUCUGGUUAGUUGUUAAGUCCAAAAAGCACAUUCUUUCUCUUUUUUUUUUUACAGAAAGUCUAUGGGAAAAUGAACGGGAAAUGUAUUUUGUGAACCACUUACUGUCGAGCUCCACACAAGCUUAUGUUUACAAAGGUACUCAUUCAUACGCAAAGGGACUUGAGGACAUGUAAGAUAAAAAAAAAAAAAAAACUGAGCAGAUGUCUUAAAAGCUGUUUUUAAAGUGUGUGUCUCAUUCCCGACCAGAUGGAUUGUUAUUGUGGGAACUCCAGGAAUAGCCAGAAUACUUUGAUUAUGCGAAACUCAUUUUCCAGGAACCCCCUCUGCCCGGCUGACGCUUUAGUGCCACCGAACACCACAUCCUUUCUGUGUGUUUACAAAGAUAAAAGUUUGGUGCGGCCAGAAGGUAGAAGCGCUCACACUCUCUCCAGACCACAGGCGUCUAAAGUAACACAAGAGUCACUCAGAAAAACAGGCCUGAGCUACAGUUUGAAAGUUUAUCUGCAGGUAAAUAAAGAACUGCGGAUUGAUUUUGGCUAAAGGUGCAAUCUGUAACUUUUAUGGUGGAGCGUUACAUCAUCAGCUCGUCCCCAUGGAGAUUUUAUUGCUGUUAUUGCUUCGCUGUAAUGGUCCGCGGCAUGUCGUUGCGUUUUACAAUCUCCACGGAGACGAGCGGACCAACAUCGCCAGGCCGGAUGACAGGACAGGUCUGUGGAGAGGCAGAGAGAAUGCACGAUCUUUCAAGGAAUUCAAGGAAAGUUUUCAUUUCAUUUUUGAGUCUGCUUAAGAGAAACACGAUGGCCAAAUCAUGUGAUAAUUAAAGGUCCUAUAGUACACAAAAUGGACUCUUGGAACGUUGUUACCUCCUCAAAAACAGACCUGGACUUGAGUUUCGUUACGUUCGCACGCGUUUUAGUCACUUUUAUCAUUAGUCUGUCCAUAUCUCCAAAGCUCAAACUGCUCUUUUCCACAGCUACAGCAGCUUUUACCUUUAGUUCAGUAGAGAUUCUCAAUUCCAGGACUGAAUCUGUCCAACAAAAAACACAUUAGAGCAGUUA